UUUUGUCAUUCAGAAUUAAAUCCUUAUUGCAAAUACAGUCACACCAUUCCCCUUAAAUUUAUGGAAAUCUAGAUUUUGUUAUAACCAAGCAUUUAUUCAGCAAUUAUUUCAAGCUAAACCAUAGACUUGCACAUCGUUUGCACAUUCGUCAUACUGUUUCCAAAACAGCAACACAAAAAAAGAAAAGAAACAAAGAGCAGCCCUCUCGACACACACUUCUGCUGCUCUCUCUUCGUGGCCAUCCCCUCCUCCUUUUUACUUGUGUGGCUUCAUCAGUUCAUCCUCCCUCUAUCUGAGGCUAUGAGAGGGAGAGAAGAGUCCCAGGCCACACCAUCAUGCCAGUUCUGAGAAGCAGGGAUGAGAUUUGGGCUGGCAAUGUACAAGGGACUGCACUUACACAUCACCACCAUGCCUGUCUGCCACCGCCUCCCCCCAUCUCCCUCUCAGGACCGGCGGAUUUCUCCCCCCUUCUCCCCUCCAGAAAGCUGCUCCUCCCAGCACAAAACUCCCCCCUUCUCCCUCUCCCUCUCCUUCUCCCUCUCUCUUUCCCUCCUUUGCCUCUCCCUCUUGCUGCUUCCGGUGUGCGAGUCCCGGAGGGGUGGGGCUGGUGGCGGAGGAGGCGGGGCAGGAGGCGGAGAAAGGGGCAGGGCGGUGAUCAUACCGCCGCACUACCCACCGGCGGCCGCGCCCCCGCCCCCGCCCCCCAAGCUCGCCCAGGGCCUGAGCAUCGCCGUGAUUCUGGUGGGCAACUCUAGCGAGGUGGCUUUGGCAGAGGGCCGGGAGAAGGAGGACUUCCUGUACAUGCCGCUCCCGCCCAACGUGGAGCUGGUCACCAUGAACGACACCGACCCCAAGAGCAUCAUCACCCGCAUCUGCGACCUGAUGACCAAGCACUGGCUGCAGGGCGUGGUGUUCGGGGACGACACUGACCAGGAGGCCAUCGCCCAGAUCCUGGACUUCAUCUCUGCGCAGACGCACAUCCCCAUCCUGGGCAUCCGCGGAGGGUCCUCCAUGAUCAUGGCUGCCAAGGAUGACCAUUCCAUGUUCUUCCAAUUUGGCCCCUCGAUUGAACAGCAGGCCUCAGUCAUGUUGAAUAUUAUGGAGGAGUAUGACUGGUACAUAUUUUCCAUAGUCACCACCUACUACCCCGGUUAUCAGGAUUUUGUCAACAAGGUGCGCAGCACCAUCGAGAACAGCUUUGUGGGCUGGGAGCUGGAGGAGGUGCUGCUGCUCGACAUGUCGCUGGACGACGGCGACUCCAAGAUCCAGAACCAGCUGAAGAAGCUGCAGAGCCCCGUCAUGCUGCUCUACUGCACCAAGGAGGAGGCCAUCACUAUCUUCCAGGUGGCCCACUCGGUGGGGCUCACGGGCUACGGAUACACCUGGAUCGUCCCCUCGCUGGUGGCAGGAGACGCAGCCAAUGUGCCUGCGGAGUUCCCCACAGGUCUCAUCUCUGUGUCAUACGAUGAGUGGGACUAUGGCCUGGAGGCUCGCGUCCGUGACGCGGUGGCCGUCAUCGCCAUGGCAACCUCCACCAUGAUGCUGGACCGUGGGCCGCACACCCUUUUGAAGUCUGAGUGCCACGGGGCCCCCGACAAGAAAGGGCCGAGCGCCGGCAACCCAAACGAAGUGCUCAGGUAUCUCAUGAAUGUGACUUUUGAGGGGCGCAACCUUUCAUUCAGUGAGGACGGCUAUCAGAUGCACCCUAAGCUAGUCAUCAUCCUACUGGAUAAGGAAAGGCAAUGGGAUAGGGUGGGGAAGUGGGAGAACGGCUCGCUGUCGAUGAAGUACCACGUGUGGCCUCGCUUCGAGCUGUACUCGGACACGGACCGCCGGGAGGACGACCACCUGUCCAUCGUCACGCUGGAGGAGGCUCCCUUCGUCAUCGUGGAGGACGUGGACCCUCUGAGCGGCACCUGCAUGAGAAACACUGUGCCCUGCAGGAAGCAACUGAAAAACAUCAAUCAGACAGGAGAAGGUGGCAUCUACAUCAAACGCUGCUGCAAGGGCUUCUGCAUCGACAUCCUGAAGAAGAUCGCCAAGUCUGUCAAGUUCACCUACGAUCUCUACCUGGUUACCAAUGGCAAACAUGGCAAGAAGAUAAACGGCACCUGGAAUGGCAUGGUUGGAGAGGUGGUGGUGAAGAAUGCCCACAUGGCAGUGGGCUCCCUCACCAUCAACGAGGAGAGGUCAGAGGUCAUCGAUUUUUCUGUGCCCUUCAUUGAGACGGGAAUUAGUGUCAUGGUCUCCCGUAGCAACGGCACUGUCUCUCCCUCUGCCUUUCUGGAGCCGUUCAGCGCGGAUGUGUGGGUGAUGAUGUUCGUGAUGCUGUUGAUAGUGUCAGCGGUGGCCGUCUUCAUAUUCGAGUACUUCAGCCCGGUCGGGUACAAUCGAUGUCUAGCAGAUGGGAGAGAGCCCGGCGGCCCCUCCUUCACCAUCGGCAAGGCCAUCUGGCUGCUCUGGGGCCUGGUCUUCAACAACUCCGUCCCCGUGCAGAACCCCAAAGGCACCACCAGCAAGAUCAUGGUCUCCGUCUGGGCCUUCUUCGCUGUCAUAUUCCUGGCCAGCUACACUGCCAACCUGGCUGCCUUCAUGAUCCAGGAGGAGUACGUGGACCAGGUGUCCGGGCUGAGUGACAAAAAGUUCCAGAGGCCAAACGAUUUCUCCCCACCCUUCCGCUUUGGGACGGUGCCCAAUGGCAGCACGGAGAGGAACAUCCGAAACAACUACAAGGAGAUGCACAGCUACAUGGUCAAGUUCCAUCAGAAGAACGUGAACGAGGCGCUGCACAGUCUGAAGACUGGUAAACUGGAUGCCUUUAUCUACGAUGCGGCGGUGCUGAACUACAUGGCCGGGAGAGACGAGGGCUGUAAGCUGGUGACCAUUGGCAGCGGGAAGGUCUUCGCCUCCACGGGCUACGGCAUCGCCAUACAGAAGGACUCCGGCUGGAAGAGGCCGGUCGACCUGGCCAUCCUUCAGCUCUUCGGAGACGGAGAGAUGGAGGAGCUGGAGGCCCUGUGGCUGACGGGGAUCUGCCACAACGAGAAGAACGAGGUGAUGAGCAGCCAGCUGGACGUGGACAACAUGGCGGGGGUGUUCUACAUGCUGGGCGCGGCCAUGGCGCUCUCCCUCAUCACCUUCAUCUGCGAGCACCUCUUCUACUGGCAGCUGCGCUUCUGCUUCAUGGGCGUGUGCUCCGGCAAGCCGGGCAUGACCUACUCCAUCAGCAGGGGCAUCUACAGCUGCAUCCAUGGGGUUCAGAUUGAGAAGAAAGGGUCGCCGAUGAACUCUCCCUCGGCCACCAUGAACAACACCCACUCCAACAUCCUGCGGCUGCUCCGCACCGCCAAAAACAUGACCUCGCUCUCGGGGGUCAAUGGCUCCCCGCACAGCGCCUUGGACUUCAUACACCGGGAGUCCUCCGUCUACGACAUCUCUGAGCAUCGCCGCAGCCUGGCCGGCCACUCCGACUGCAAGCCGCCUUUCCUACCCGAGGACAACAUGUUCAGUGACUACAUCAGCGAGGUGGAGAGGACUUUUGGGAAUUUGCACUUGAAGGAUAGCAACUUGUACCAAGAUCAUUACCUACACCAUCACCCGAGCUCAGGGCCUGGGCUGGGUUUGAGCUUGUCCGGGCCGCCACCCAACAGACCUCAUAGCUUGGGGAGCGCAAGUUCGUUGGAGGGUGGCAUGUAUGAUUGCGACAGCUUAGGGGGUGGGGUGGCCCCAAUAUUUACCACACAGCCCCGUGCCUCUCUGACUCACAGGAACAAUAAUAAAUUUGACCUGAUUGCGAGUCAGACACCAUCGUCUGGCCAAGGGUUCAAGCAAGGCCUGCCCGACCUGUAUGGGAAGUUCUCCUUCAAAGGCGGGGCGUCCAGUUCGGGCUUCAUUGCGGGACACGACAGGUACUGUGGGGUAGGGGGUGGGGGAGGAGAUGAUGGGAACAUGUCGGACAUCUCCACCCACACAGUCACCUAUGGCAACCUGGAAGGCAACGCCAAGAAGCGCAAACAGUACAGGGACAGCUUGAAAAAGAGGCCCGCCUCGGCGAAAUCACGGCGUGAGCUGGACGAGAUCGAGUUGGGGUACAGGAGACGGCCCCACCACACCAGCCAUCACCACUACCACGGCCCCCAGGGACACCGCUCAGCCUCCCCACCCCUGAUGCCCUCAGAGCGGAAGACUCAAAGAGGGGGAGCUGGUGGGAACUGCUCAUCAUAUUUGUUCCAUGACAAAGAGAGUUUAAGGGAUUUCUACUUGGACCAGUUUCGCCCUAAGGAAGGUGUGCCACAGUGGGAACAUGUGGAUUUAACGGAUGGGCCUGUUGGGGGUGUAGGAGGGGUGGUCGGUGGGGGAGGUGGGGGUAACAACAGUGGAGUUGGUGGAGGCGGAGGCAAUUGCACUAGUCUAGUGGCAGUGGAUGAUUUCUUGAAAGGUAAAGCCAAGAAGACAGAUUGUAAGAGUGGAGUGGGCGGAGGGGUGGGCUCGGCCCCUCAAGGCCCACAGACGCAGGGGUGUUGGGAGAAGAAUGUGUCGGGGAUCGGGGGAGGAGGUUUGGCAGGGGGUGAUUGGGAAUGUCGAAACUGCCGUGGCGGUGGUGGGGGUGGCAAGCAGGUGCCGCUACACGGAGGUGGAGGCGGGGGUGGCGGGGGUGGUGGGUAUGCUGGGGGUGGAGUAGGGGGCGGUUGUGUGACUGCAGGAGGAGGGGGCAAUAGUUCGGCUUCUGGUCGCCCCAGUUCUGCUAACUGCAUGCGUUGUGAGGCCUGUAAGAAAACGGGCAACUUAUAUGACAUCAGUGAAGACAAUAAUCCUCUUUUGGAUCAGCUGGGUGGUAAGUACGCUAUUGAAGGGGGGAAAGGGGGGUUGAUAGGAGGCAUGGGGGUUGUUCAGUCUCAGACUCAAGCCCAGAGAAGGAAGCCAGGUUUAGGUGGUAAACCCUUACGACGGCAACAUUCCUAUGACACAUUCGUGGAUUUGCAGAAAGAGGAGGCAGGUGGGAUGGGUGGAGUUAUGGGAGGUUUUGGAGGGGGUGGAGGUGGGGGAGUUGGAGGUAUGGCAGGGAUGUUGCCUCCUCCCAGAAGCGUGAGCUUGAAAGACAAGGACCGCUUCAUGGAGGGAGUGAGCCCCUAUGCCCACAUGUUCGAGAGACACGCGGCAUCUGAGAGAGAGAGAGACCGAGACAGGGAUCCGCUUUUUUUCGGAGGGGACAGGGGGAAGGGAGGUUCGUCUUUCGGGUUGUUUCGGGGAGGCGAAGGUGGGUUGCAUCGUAGGUCGGUCGGGGAGAGAGAUAUGAGGGAUAGAGACAGAGGCAUGAUGGGUGGAGGAGGAGGUGGAGGAGGUGUCGGGACGUAUUCCCUGUCUAAAUCUCUCUACCCAGAUAAAGUGAACCAGAACCCCUUCAUCCCAACCUUCGGCGAUGACCAGUGUCUGUUACACGGUGCCAAGUCAUACUACUUCAAAAAGCAGCAGCAGCAGCAGCAGCAACAACAGCAGCAGCAGCAGCAGCAGCAGCAGCAGCAGCAACAGCAGCUCCUGAAAAACAGCCGAAGUGACUUCAGGAGCUCCAUGGGUGUGACGUCUUUUUUACCCGCGUCCGCCACAGCGGGGGUGAUGGCUAAUGUGGCCCCCAGGUUCCCCAAGGAGCUGAGUCUGGGCGGGAUGGCGGGACCAAUGGGGAACCACCACGGUGGCCCCAAUAAUAACAAGCUGCUGUCGACCAGGGAUGGGUUAGGAGUGGGCCAAACACAGAGACCAUUCAACGGCUCCAGCAAUGGGCACGUGUACGAGAAGCUAUCCAGUAUAGAGUCUGACGUGUGAGAGGGUGGAGAGAGGAGACAGGGAUGCUGGGAUUUAAGUGAGCGGUAACAGGGAGACGCCAUUUUCAUUGCAGUGAUACUCAUGAAAGAGAGGAGUGGGGAGUGGGGGAGAGAGUACAGUGAUGCGUUCUAGUAUAAAGCAGGUGGCAUUGAU